AUGGAAUUUGACACAGUACUAGAAGCUAAAGACUUCUGGAAAAGUUAUGGUGGAAUGAUGGGUUUUGAUGUUCGACAAUUGUAUGCAAAUAAAUGUAUGCUUGAUAAUUCUGUCAGUAGUUUUAGACUUGUUUGUGCAAAGGAAGGCCAACGAAGACCAGAUAAACGGGAUCAUUUAACAAAGCAACCUCGCGCCGAGACUAGAACAAGUUGUCAAGUAAGAAUGUCACUCAAGUUUGCUCGAGAUAUUAAAAAAUAUGUGAUUUGUAACCUUGAGUUAAAUCACAAUAAUAUUUUGCAAAUUCCGGAAACCAGUCAUAUGAUGCCAUCACAAAGAAAGAUUUCAGAAGUACAAGCAUUGCAAAUAGAUUUGGCAGAUGAAGCUGGCAUAAGACCAAAUGAAACACAUGAACUAAUAAGUUUACAAGCUGGUGGUAAAGAUGUCCUUGGAUAUACCAAACAAGACCAAAAGAACUAUCUUCGAAGCAAACGAAAGCGAGACUUGGCCUAUGGUGAAGCAGGUAGUUUAUUAAAGUAUUUUCAUCGGCAACUACUUGAUAAUCCCUCAUUUCAAUAUGCUAUACAGUUAGAUAACGAAGAGAAAAUAACAAAUAUUUUUUGGGCUGAUGCAAGAAUGGUUAUUGAUUAUGCUAUCUGUGGUGAUGUAAUCACAUUUGACACUACAUACUGCACAAACAAAGAAAAUAGACCAUUGGGUGUUUUUUGUGGAUUCAAUCACCAUCGAGAAAUAGUAAUAUUUGGUGCUGCUCUUUUGUAUGACGAAUCAAAAGAAUCUUUUAUGUGGUUAUUUGAAUCAUUUUUGGAAGCUCACAUGCAAAAAAAGCCUAAAACUAUUUUCACUGAUCAAGAUCCUGCUAUGGCAAGUGCUUUGGUAGAAAAAAUGCUAUUCGACAUUUAG